UUGUGUUUUUCACUACAUAAAAUAAGAAAUUUAUCUUUCUUUUUUCAUUACAUUGACCAAUUAUCAUUAAAAUUUAGAGAUAAAAAGAAGUACAUAUUAACAGAUACAGAGAAUUAAUCAUGCGUGGUUGGUAAUAGUGUCAAAUUCAACAAAACUUUGUGUGUGACUGUAGUAAACAAACGAAACUUAAAUGUGGAACGUUACAUUCAUGGAUUAAAAGAAAACAGUAUAAAUUUUUAGUAAUUAUUGGGGUAGAUCGAAUUUAUGUAUGUAUAUAUGUAUGUAUAUUCACUGAUUUUUUUUUUUUUUAAAGCAAGAAAUAACAAUGUUCAUAACUAAAAUAUGAAAAAUAUUAAUUUCACAUGAGUUAAUCUUAUUCAAUAAGUAUAAAACUUAUACAAAAACCUUAUUUAAUAACUAUAAAAUAUAUAAAAAUGAAACUGUGAUAUAGUGGUUAUGAAAUAUUGAUAGCACACAAAAUACGUUUUUUAUUACAUUAAUAAUAUUGACUGUGCCAAAGUGAUAUUAUUUAUAAAGUCAAAAUGGAUCAAAUGCUACCAAGUCCUGGCUUCAGUAUACCUAGCAUUGGUACUCCUUUACAUCAGCCAGAAGAGGAUCAACAAAUAUUACCAAAUGCAUUGCAACAGCAACAGCAACAACAGCAGCAGCAACCACAACAAUAUCAAUUACAACAAUUACAUUCUAUGAGUCCAAAUGUACAGAGCAAUAUGCUUAUGAUUACAACACCACAAAAAACGAUGCAUACUUAUGCACCAACUCCGUCUUUUGCUACACCUCAGAGUCUUAUGCAGCCACAAACACCACAAAAUAUGAUGUCUCCCUUAGGACAACCAAAUAAUCCUAUUGCACCAUCAUCUAUAGGACCGUCUACACCUGGGCCUAUGACACCUAUGACUCCUGCAUCAGCAGAUCCUGGUAUUUUACCACAAUUACAGAAUAUUGUGUCCACUGUAAAUCUAAGUUGUAAAUUAGAUUUAAAAAAAAUUGCAUUACACGCUAGAAAUGCAGAAUACAAUCCAAAAAGAUUUGCAGCAGUUAUUAUGCGUAUACGAGAACCUAGGACAACAGCUCUUAUAUUUAGUAGUGGGAAAAUGGUCUGUACAGGUGCAAAAAGUGAAGAAGAUUCUCGUUUAGCAGCAAGAAAAUAUGCAAGAAUUAUUCAAAAAUUAGGUUUUCCAGCAAAGUUCCUGGAUUUUAAGAUACAAAAUAUGGUAGGCAGUUGCGAUGUCAAAUUUCCUAUUAGGCUAGAAGGUUUAGUACUUACACAUGGACAAUUCUCUUCUUAUGAACCUGAAUUAUUCCCUGGUUUAAUAUAUAGAAUGGUUAAACCACGAAUAGUGUUACUUAUAUUUGUAUCUGGUAAAGUUGUGCUUACAGGUGCCAAGGUUCGACAAGAAAUUUAUGAAGCCUUUGACAAUAUUUAUCCUAUUCUAAAAAGUUUUACAAAGAAGUGACAACAUUUAUUCAUAUUCAUUAUUAUCCAGUAAACAACUUAAAUAAUUUUUUUUUUACUGAAAAUCAUUAUUUUUUGUUGCAGUAUUGCUAAUGAAUUUAAUACAAAGCAUUUUUCAAUAGGAACUAUUGAUUAAACAUGACAAUUUUGAUUAAUAUUAAUUCUUAAUCAAAUUUACAUUUGAGUUCAAGAUUAUAAUAGUUUUCUUACAAAAAAAAAUUUCCUUACAAAAUUUUUCUUAAAUUAUAUCCCAUAUAUAGUCAUUGU